AUGCCUGUUAUCACGGACUUCUCUCUCCCCAGCUCAGCUUCAGCUCUGCAGCUGUCGGCGGAAAAACCAGUCACCUUCCUCUCCUUUCACGCCUCACCCGACCCCAACACCGGAAAGCCAUGGUGUCCUGAUGUCGUCGCCGCACUACCCCAUCUACAGGAAGUCUUUUCCACGCCUCAAGCGCCGCAGGUUGCAUUCAUUAAUGUUGGCCAAAGAGAUCAGUGGAAGGAUCCCUCCAACGUCUACCGGACAAAGUGGAAUGUCAACGCCGUUCCGUCUUUAGUUCGCUACGAGCUUGUUGAUGGAAGUGUCAAAGAGACUGGCCGUUUAGCUGAAGCCCAGAUUCUGGAUCGUGGCCGGCUUAGCAAGUUUGUUGGUGACCGGUCGGCAAGCAUAUAG